CGGUGCCCUGACGCCGCUGAGGCCUCUAGCAGACACAGGCCACAGUCGUGCCCUACAGAGGCCGAGGCGCCCCUAGAGUCAUGGCCCGCUCGGCCUGCGGGUUCUCAGUCGCACUGCUGGGCGCCCUGCUGCUGGGUACAGCGCGCCUGCUGCACAGGACAGAAGCAUCUGAGAUUACUCUGCCCCACGGAAGUGGCAUUACAGUGCACAUCAGGCUGGCGAGCCCAGCCCUGCCUGUGAAACCCUGCUACAUCAUCAUUUCUAGACAGCAUAUGACCGAGUUGCUUGUCAAACCUGGAGAAAGAAAGUCUUUUACCUUCAGCUGCAUCAAUCCGGAGAAGCACUUUGUGUUGGGGAUUGAGAAGAAUAUCGACUGCAUGUCAGGCCCAUGUCCUUUUGGGGAGGUUCGUCUUCAGCCAUCCACAUCAGAGCUGCCCACCCUCAACAGAACUUACAUCUGGGACGUCAGAGCUCAUAAGAGCAUUGGCCUGGAGCUACAGUUCUCAACCCCUCGCCUGAGACAGAUUGGCCCAGGCGAGCACUGUGCCGAUGGGGUGACUCACUCCAUCAGUGGUCGUAUUGAUGCCACUGAGGUCAAGAUUGGGACCUUCUGCAGUAACGGCACUGUGUCCCGGAUCAAGAUGCAAGAGGGUGUGAAAUUGGCCUUAAACCUGCCAUGGAACAUACCCAGGAACAUCUCAGGCUUCAGUAUCGCAAACCGGUCAUCUAUAAAACGCCUGUGCAUCAUCGAGUCAGUAUUUGAGGGUGAAGGCUCAGCCACCCUGAUGUCCGCCAACUACCCAGGAGGCUUCCCUGAGGAUGAGCUUAUGACCUGGCAGUUUGUUGUCCCUGCACACCUAAGGGCCAGUGUCUCCUUCCUCAAUUUCAAUGUCUCCAACUGUGAGAGGAAGGAGGAGCGUGUUGAAUACUACAUCCCAGGAUCCACCACCAACCCGGAGGUGUUCAGACUAGAGGAUAAGCAGCCAGGGAACAUGGCUGGGAAUUUCAACCUCUCCCUGCAAGGCUGUGACCAGGAUGCCCAGAGCCCAGGGAUCCUUCGGCUCCAGUUUCAAGUUCUGGUCCAACGUCCACAGAAUGAAAGCAAUAAAACCUACAUGGUGGACCUGAGUCAAGAGCGAACCAUGUCGCUCACCAUAGAGCCACGGCCAGUCAAACAUGGCCGCAGGUUUGUUCCUGGGUGCUUUGUGUGUCUAGAGUCUCGGACCUGUAGUACCAAUGUCACCCUGACAGCUGGCUCCAAACACAAGAUUUCCUUCCUGUGCGAUGACUUGACACGCCUGUGGGUGAAUGUGGAGAAAACCCUAAGCUGCCUGGACCACCGCUACUGCUACGGGAAGUCCUUCCACCUGCAGGUGCCCAGAGACAUCCUCCAGCUGCCUGUGCAGCUGCACGACUUCUCCUGGAAGCUGCUGGUGCCCAAGGACAAGCUCAGCCUUAUGCUGGUACCAGGUCAGAAGCUACAGCAGCACACACGUGAGAGGGCCUGCAACACCAGCUUCGGCUACCUCAUGGCCAGCACCACGCCUGGCCAGGGCCUGUACUUUGGCUCCUUCUGUCCAGGAGGCUCUAUUGAGAAGAUCCAGGUGAAGCAAAACAGCUCUGUGACGCUUCGAACAUAUGCCCCCAGCUUCCAACAAGAGGUCUCCAGGCAAGGCCUGACAGUGUCCUUCAUACCGUAUUUCAAAGAGGAAGGCAUUUUCACAGUGACCCCGGACACAAAAAACAAGGUCUACCUAAGGACCCCCAACUGGGACCAUGGCCUGCCUGCCCUCUCCUCAGUGUCAUGGAACAUCAGUGUGCCUAGCAACCAAGUGGCUUGUCUGACCUUCUUCAAAGAGCGUUCUGGGGUGGUCUGCCAGUCAGGGCGAGCAUACAUGAUCAUCCAGGAGCAGCAGACCCGGGCGGAGGAGAUCUUCAGCCUAGAAGAGGAAGUGCUGCCUAAGCCAAGUUUCCAUCAUCACAGCUUCUGGGUUAACAUCUCCAACUGCAGCCCCAUGAAUGGCAGGCAGCUAGAUCUGCUCUUCUGGGUGACUCUCACCCCAAGGACUACGGAUUUGGCUGUUAUCAUUGGUGCAGUAGGAGGUGGAGCCCUGUUGCUGUUUGCCCUGGGACUCAUCAUCUGCUUUGUGAAAAAGAAGAAGAAGGUCAACAAGGGCCCUGCUGUGGGUAUCUACAAUGGCAAUGUCAAUACCCAAGUGCCCCAGACUCAAAAGUUCCAGAAAAGACGAAAGGACAAUGACUCUCAUGUGUAUGCAGUCAUCGACGAUACCAUGGUAUAUGGGCACUUGCUGCAGGACUCCGGUGGAUCCUUCAUCCAGCCGGAGGUGGACACCUACCGGCCCUUCCAGGGCCCCACGGGGGACUGCCCCCCCUCCCCACCCCCUAUAUUCUCCAGGACCCCGACUGCAAAGUUCACUGCAGAUGAGCCAGUUCCUAGUAGUUCUCCUGAAUCUGAGAGUGAACCCUACACUUUUUCACACCCCAACAAGGGGGAGGUAGGCAUCAGGGAGACAGACAUCCCCUUACUCAACACCCAGGGACCAGUGGAGACGGAAGAAUAAUUUGGCCCCAUUUCAAAGACUUUGCUGAGAUGCCUGACACCAGGCACUGAGACACGAAAAACUGUCCUAAAUAGAAGUCAGAUGGGAGAGCAAUCAAAUAGAAGGAACAGUAGGUUUUGCAAAGUGCCACCAAAUCCUGAUUUCCUGGUGGACUCCUUCCAGUGAGGAGCAAAUCGUGGCUUCUGAUGGGGAUGUCAUCCUAACAGCUUGGGUCUUCCUGAACUCAGGUUGUGUUGGGGCUGGCCAUGGUGUCAGAAGAGAGACAUUGUCCACCCGGACAGUACCACAAUGAGCCCUGGAUUCUCAAUAAUAAGCAGAGACUUAACGGAUUCCCAGGAGCUCUGCUUGAGGUCUCUGCUCUCACUGGAGUCCUCUGGAUGAAAAUGACAAUAUGCUUUUUUAUUAGUAGUAGUAAUAGUAGUAGUAGUAUUUAUUUGGUGGUCCUUUAUGUUUUAAAAAGUUGAAUGUGGAGCUGGUUGUAUAGCUCAGUUGGUAGCGUACUGGCCUAACAUGCACAAAGCUCUGGGUUCCAUUCUCAGCACAGCCUAAAACCAGACAUGAUGGUGCAUACCUGUAAUCCUAGCACUAGGGAGGUAGAGGCAGGAGGACCAGAAUUUCAAGGUCAUCAUAAAGUGUGUAGUAAGUUGGCGGCCCUUCUGGUCUAUAUAAGACCCUCUUUUAAAAACAUAAAUGGCCGGCGAAAUAAAUGAUAAACGGCACUUACCACUCAAAAAGGUCAGGAGCCACGGCCACGCUACCUGGUAGCAGAGAGCUUUUAUUAGGAAAGGGGCAGGGGGAGAAGAACCAGGCCUGGGAAAGAGCACGUGUGGAGGGCAGAGAGAAAGAUGGUGAGGGGGGAGCAGAACAGAGAGAGGAUGGGGUCUGCGUGUAGCCUUCAAGGGUUCCCGAUGAACAUGCACAGGUGGGCCUACAGAGCUACACCACACAUGCACUGACCAGCGCCAUGCAAGACACAAGCCCCCCUGCCCAACUCCUGAGCCGAGGUCAUUGCAGCUGGAUCAUAGCAGAAUCCCAACCGCCGGGCAGCGGUGGCACAUGCCUUUAAUCCCAGCACUUGGGAGGCAGGGCCAGGCGGAUCUCUGUGAGUUCAAGGGCAGCCUGGUCUACAGAGAGCGAGAUCCAGGACAGGCACCAAAACUACACAGAGAAACUCUUGUCUUGAAAAAAAAGCAAAAAAACAAAAACCCCAUAAAUUGAGCUCCUUUGAUCUAGUGUAGUGGUUUGAUCUCUUGCUAACUUGUUUAGACAGCUGUGUUUUAGUUUCUGCAGACCACUAGAUAAAUGUGCGCCUAUGGGGAUGAUUGAUGAUCUACCCAGCCAGAAGAGAGCAUGUGUGUAUCUCUUACUCGGUAAGAGACUUCCCAGUUCUCCUUUGCUGCAUACAGCUGUCCCCCUGCAGAAUUUACCACAGAUCCUCUCAUUCCUUACUCUUAGAAAUAAGAGAAAUUUCCUCUGCGGUGUGUGUCUCUCCCAGCUGCAGCAGUACUUUGACAUUUAAACAAAUUUUGAGAAUUAUUUUAUCCUUUAAAAAUAUAUAAAUAAGCCAGGUAGUGGUGGCUCAUGCCUUUAAUCCCAGCACUCAGGAGGCAGACGCAGGUGGAUCUCUGUGAGUUCCAGGACAGCCUGGUCUACACAGAGAAAUCCUGUCUAUAUAUAUAAUUUCCCUGUUGCCAGUGCUUUGAUGCUGUGUGCUUGUGGCUGUAAAUUGACAUUGAAUUGUAUGAAAAGCAAAGAGUGGAGCUCCCAUGAUUUACAGAGGGAGGAGGUAGUGGAAAAUCCCUCCUGCCGUGAUCUAGAGAGAAAGCUGUGGUAGUAUAGUUCAAGAUCUCUGGUAAACCUUCUUCAAGAAAUGAAUGUGCUCCAUAAUGUUCAGGGAGUUGACCUUAGAAAGCAUCUCGUCAUCUUGCCCACGUAGCAUCUGAGACAGCUCUACCAGCAUCUCCUGGAAGGUUUGAACUCCAAGACCUCUUGAGUUCUCUCCAGAAAGGAGGGUGCUGCUCCUGCACUUUCCUUUCUGAAAGCUUUCUGCUAACUCCUACCCAGCUACUCAAGAUGCUAACCACCCUCCAUGAAGGGCCAGGGGCAGCUGUGGUUCCUUCCCUCACUUGGAAUCACUACGCUGGGUGGGGGCCCUGUGUGCUUCCUUCCUCUCCACUGACUUUCAAAUGCCCCUUGGGGAGACAAUCAAUCUCAUAUGUUGGUUCUUACUGUGUGUCAGCCCAGUGUCUUUCUACCUUGGCUCUGCUGAUGCCCAAGAAGCCUUUGCACCCAUUGGCUGGGCUGUGGCUGCAUAUGAAAGAAAAGGGUCGGCUCUUCAUGGGGACAAGCCAACAUCCAUCAGCCGUAACCUCAGUCUCUGUGGAUCUGCAAUGCAUACAUGAAAAUAAUUUAUUUAAUGUAAAGACAUUUUAAAUAACAUCUUAUUCAUUUCCUAUACUUUUUUAAAUAAAGAUAUACAAAGUAAAUGCA